UCCACGCCUGGACACGCUGUUUGCCUUUUUGGUUGUCUGCGAUUCAGCCUUCGAACUUCACACACCGCCAGCAAUCGACGCAGCCUCGCCCGGCGCGAAACAUCCCCGAUUACAACUUCGACCGAGCACGAGCACCAUUUCACCAUCCAGAUCCAGCUCAGAUACCGAGAGCAUACCAUCCUUUGCGGAGACCAUGGCGGCUCCGCUGCCGAAGCGAAUUAUCAAAGAGACAGAGCGUCUGCAGAAUGAACCAGUCCCAGGCAUCUCGGCCAUGCCUCAUGAUGAUAAUGCAAGAUACUUCGACGUGAUGGUCGAAGGGCCAGGCGGCAGCUGUUACGAGGGCGGUGUCUUCAAGCUUGAGCUGUUCCUUCCCGACGACUAUCCCAUGUGUCCUCCAAGAAUACGAUUCUUGACCCGCAUCUACCACCCAAACAUCGAUCGACUUGGAAGAAUCUGCCUUGAUGUACUGAAGAACAAUUGGUCACCAGCUUUGCAGAUACGGACCAUCUUGCUCAGUAUACAGGCGCUCUUAGGCGCCCCCAACCCAGAGGAUCCUCUAAACGAGGCUGUUGCGAAGCAGUGGAAAGAGAACCAACCCGAGGCCAUCAAGACGGCUCGCGAAUGGACCAAGCUGUACGCGCAGCCUGAUCAGUGAGGAACCGGAAUCCCGUUGCGGCAGAUUCACGAGCAUUGACAUGGUAGACUGCCUUCACAUUCUGGCCAGCUCUACAGCUUUCGACGAACUGCCUGACAGGGACUGCAUGAUAUCAACGACCAAGCGAUUUGACUUACAAUGGGUGAUGCGGAAGAGAUGCGUGGCUGCAUUGGCUGCAUUAGAUAGCAUACUUUUGAGCGUGAGAGAUAUGAGGGGCCCAGCGCCGACGGCUGGAUUGAAGCUGGCAUUGAAUUAUUUCUU